AUGGAUGAUUUUGUCCAGAACAAAUUAACUGAGUGGGGUCUCAGCGAGUUGAUCGACAAAUUUAAAGGUAAAGGCAUUGACAAAGAAAGUCUCCAAGAACUCGGUGAUCAAGAAAUCGCUGUUUUGAUCCCAAAAGUGGGACCAAGCAUAAAAUUCAAAAAGUACCUCAAGCUGUUGAAGAAACAAAAGUCAACAGAUCCAGAAACCGUUGAUUCCUCUGCUCAAGUUUCUGCAUCCACCAGUGGCACAAGUGAUAAAGGAAAGAGAAAGUCGGAUCUUCAGGACUGGUCCAGCGAAUGGCAGUCACCAACUAGAAAACCACGACUUGACACAAAACCGGGAUCAUACUCAGAAGGAUUCAUACUGACUGAUGUGAAAGACAUCAUGAGAUGUGUCCAGAAAAAACUGCCUAACCAAGACAACAAGCUAAACAACUUCCUCAAGCAAAGCAUCCAUGAUUUGGAGACAGACAAGAGGGAGCUGGUUGGUGUCUUUGGUAAAACCGGGGCUGGGAAGAGCUCUUUGAUAAAUGCAAUCAUUGGAGAGAAGAAUCUCUUGCCAUCUGGAGGUGUCAGUGCAUGUACUACAGUCAUGAUUAAAGUCGAGGCUAACAGGCACAACAUGAAGUACGAGGCACACAUUGAGUUCAUCACAAAAGAGGAGUGGAAAGAUGAGUUGUGGACCUUGUUGAAUUUCCUCGAGGACAACGCAGAUCAGGAGAAUGACGAGGAUUAUUGUGACACCGUUGAAAAGCUGUCAGCUCUGUAUGGAGAGGAAUGGAAAAACAAAUCUGCUGAAAAUCUCAUGGAAUUCAAACAUUUCAAAGAAAUCCCAGAAUUUCUCCAUUCCCAGAGGAAGAUUUUGACAUGUGAAUCAGCUACAGAGCUCUCUGCAAAAUUGGUCAAAUACACAAGAAGUGACUCAAAAGACAGAGAAGCUAAAGGAGUAAAGAGGUGGUACUGGCCACUGGUGAAGUGUGUGACUGUGAUGGUGCCGGAUAAUGAUUUUCUACAGCACGUCACACUUGCGGAUCUUCCUGGAAAUGGGGACUGUAACAAGAGCAGAGACAAGAUGUGGAAAGGGGUUGUUGGAAGUUGUUCUACUGUGUGGGUCGUGACGGAACUUAAUCGAGCAGCAGCAGAAGAUAAAGCCUGGGAGAUCCUAGAAAGUGCCAGCAGCCUCAUGGGAAAUGGUGGCGAGUGUCAGCGCAUUCACUUUAUCUGCACCAAGUCAGAUCAGUCAGCAGCCGGUGAUCGUGAAAAUGCCAAGGAACUAAAACAUUUUAGUGAUGAAUGUUUCCAAGUGUUCACAGUGAGUGCCAAAGAGUUUCUUGAAAAAAACAAACCUGAAAAAAAACCCCAUCCAGACGCAGAUGACACUGAGAUACCCAAACUUGUAAAAGUUCUGCAAGAUCUCAACGACUGUCACUCAGAGACAUUAAACUAUGUGUCUGGAGCUCUUGGGAUUCUCUCUCUGAUUCAAGGGGCCAGCUGUAGACAAGGGGAUGACAAGACAGCUGUGUGCACAGAACUUGAAGAAAAGAUGAAGCAUGAACUUGAUAAUGUCAUAGAAUCCAUGAAAGACACUUACCGGUCUUUUGGAAGAUGCAUCAGUGAGGGUGUCGAAAACUCCAAAAGUUCAUGGGAAAGAAACUUAAAGUCGGUCUUACAUCCUCAUAAGGGCAAGGAUAAAGGUUUUCACAGGACACUUAAGUCUAUAGUUCAUAACGGCGGCAUACACAAGCCAAGAAGAAAGAAAGAAAUAAACCUGAACAUGAAGUUGGCUUCAGACCUGACUGACAGCAUUGAUGAGGAAUUCAAGAAGACCUUCCCAAAUGAAGGAAAAAGUGAACCAUUUAAUGGGAUCAUCAACAAGUUUUCACUUGGCACAAAGAGGAUGAUGGGAGAGGGGCAAAAGUACAAAGAUGUUGAACUGCAACUCACAUUUUUGAACACAGAGGAAGAAAUAAUAAAGCCAAAACUGAACAAAAUCAUCCGGGAGCGCAAGAAAAUAAUCUACAGCAGUCUGAUGACGACAAUCGAGGAAGCCAUGCAAGAAUGCUAUCAAAGAGCAGCAGUAUUUACAGGAGCCGGCUCACUGGACAAAAUGAGAAAAACUAUUAAGGAACAUGUACAUAAUUCAGGAAACAUCAUGUUUGAGAAGGCGAAAAAGGAAAUGUUGAACGAGCUGUUCAAGCUGAUGGAGGAGAUCCUGCAGAUACUGAAGAGAACAAUGCAGGAAUCAAUCGAGCUGUCACUCAAGACAGAUGGUGACUCGAUCCCAGAUGUACAAGCGGAGCUUGAGCUGGUGAAGAACCACUACAUUAAACUGAAGGGAAGCCCAGGUGAUGAACCUCUUGUUUGUAUCCUUCUCACUACUGGUAGCAUGAGGCGGUACCUGCAGCCCAAUCAGGUUCCACAGGUAGUCCAGCUCUUCCAGGAUGGCACAUCCAUACGAAUGGUUGCAACAAGGUGCAUCCGAAACCACCAAGUACCACCACAGGCUAUCCAGGAGCUCACUGAUGCCAUGAACCAGGUCUGGGAGAAGAUCCUCAAGGACACCAUCAUCAGAUUUUGUUGA